AUGUUUUACUACCUCGCCUGGCGCUCGCUCGAGGCGAUCGCGCGGUGCUGGCGGGCGACGCGCGACGCGUUCGGGUUCGAGCCGGUCGGCGCGGCGGCGACGCUGGGCGUCGUUUUCGUCGAGCGCGUCGCGCGACGCGCGCCGGGCGCGAUCGGGGACGCCGCGCGCGUCGUUUCGAGCGCCGCGAUGUGCGCGCGCGGGCGCGGGCGCGGCGGCGCCGCGGAGAGGCUUCGGGACGCGGCGCUCGCGACGUGCUCGCACGAGAGCGACUUCGCGGUGGCGUGCUUCGCGGGAUCGAUGUUCGCUAAGAUGGCGGAGACGGAGCGGCGAGUGCGGGAAGCGGUCGGGACGCGCGCGAGCGCGCCGGCGACGGUGGCGUUCGCGCUGGCGCUGGGAAUGGCGACGAACGCGGCGGCGGCGGCGAGCGCGCGCGCGCUCGGAUACGGCGACGCGUGCUGGCGCGGCGCGGGGGGGCUCGUGUUCGCGCUGAAGACGUAUCGGGCGAGGGUCGAUUACGCGAGAGGAUAUCGCGGACGGGUGAGCUUUUUUGGAUUCAUCGACGUGCCGGCGGAGACGGCGAGCGUGGCGGAGAUUGUCAUUUUGGCGUUGAUGGAUUCGUCGCCGACGGCGUUGAAUCUGUACGGCGCGGGCGCCGCCGUGGGAUUCAUGGUGGCCUCGUUUGAGCGAGAAACGAUGCGCGGCUUAGCGUGCGCGACGAGAGGCGUGAAAAAAUUGCUCGGCGUAGCGCUGGGACCGAGCGUUCGCGUCGGCUCGCGCGUCGUGUUGGCGCGCAUGCGCAACGCGUCGCUCAACGGCAAUUGGGGAAUCGUCGUCGAGACGCGCGGGGAUCAGGUGACGGUGUCUCUGGACGUCGACGGGCGAAACAUCACGGCUUUACGAGAUAACCUAAUCGUCGUCUAA